AUGGAUUUGUUGAAUCUUGGUUCACAAUCCCGGAAAACUGGAUUAAAACCAAGAGCAAAUUUGAGGAAGGAUAAAUAUAAUAUGGAAGAUGUGGAUGAGUUCUUUGCUGAAGAAGAGGAUAAAGAUAGUGACUAUAAUGAAAGGAGGCCGCAUGAAUCAGAUAAGUCCAUACAUGCAUCAGGACUGGUUGUAUCUAGAGGAUCAGAAGUUUCAGCUGAGUCUUCGACACCUAGGCAUAAUUUUAAUAAUGUUGCUCGAAAAAUAAACUUCACGGAUGUGGAAGCAGAGCCUUUUAACUUAUCACCAAUAUCAAUACAGUCCAAACGUUCUAAAAACAGAAAUAAGAAAUCUCCUUUAAGGUCGCCGCUUCAGGAGAAUAAAGGCCACAAACGAAGAGAGGAAGGCACAGGAGACGAUGAGGAAUAUGGCUACAAUGAUAAUAAUGACAUGGAUAACGAUUUAUACGGGGAUGAUAUAGACAUGAGUUUAUCACCAGUGGACCUAUCACCGAUAAAGUUAAGAACUGAGUUCAUAUCUAAAGAUUCAAAGAAAUCAGAUACGGGAACACCUAAAUCAAAAUCAAACAGGAAUAAAUCGGCAUCAUCACUUACAAAGAAAAUGGCGCUAGGUACAACUAAACCUAGGAAAAAGCGUUCGAUAAUCGAGGAUGAAUCGGAAGAAGAAACUACACAGGAAUAUGCACAGGACGAUAAAAGUGACUUACUUUCGCCACCACCAACAACGAAGAAGGAACCCGUGCGAAACAAGAUUCCUGAAGAAACUAUUACGAAACCGUCACCAUUACCAUCGCCUCCUCCUGAUGGCCUUAGAAGGUCUAAGAGAACAAAAAUUGCGCCAUUAGCAUUUUGGAGGAAUGAAAGAAUUGUAUAUACUCGUGCAAUAGAUGAAGAGGAUGCAGAUACUACACUUGCUAGUGAUAUAAAGAACAUACCUUUACAGGAAAUAGAAGCUGUUGUACACAUUCCAGAAACAAAUAAACAGGCCGCCACAAAUGUGAAUAAGAAAAGGUCCGUACUGAAACUGAGAAUAACCCCUCCAAAACUGAAAAAAUCGCUGCCAAAACAAGUUGCAUAUGAUUAUGAAUCAGAUCCGGAGAUUUCUGGAUCAGAGUGGUUUAAGGACAAGUCGUUGAAGCUUAGAGUGUUUGAGGGACCAAGCGAUGAUAGGGUUGAAAGAUCUGUUGCGUGGGCCCCUAAUGAAGGUAAUUUUGAAAAUCCACCAAAUACAGGUGAAAUAGAGAACUUUAAAGUUGCAGCUUUAUUCGGUAAUGAUCGAGAUUUUACAGCUGGUGGGCUAAUUGAAUUUCCCUAUGGUGGAUUCAAGAGCUUAAGGAAUUCCUCUGAUUCUGUUUAUAUAUUUCAUGUGGUGAAGGGCCUUAUAGAAGUGACUAUUAACGAGGACAAGUUCGUAGUUACAAGAGGAUGUUCAUUUCAUGUCCCUAGAGCAAAUUCGUUUGCUUUUAAAAACUUGGGUCAAGAUACAUCAAAAUUGUUCUUCGUUCAAAGUAAAAAGGUCAUUGCAGACGAGGACGAAGAAUGGGAAUAG